AAUAAUUCACUUAUUACUUCCCCAAAUUUGGGUUUUUUGGGGUUUUUGGGCAAGUGUUCGCAAAAAUAACCUCGAAAAGUGACAGUUGUCAUAGCGCGAGAUGCAGCCCCCUGAGGGCGUGGGGGCGCGUUUAAGCGACGUGUGUCGCACCUGUCUCGUGAAAAGCCCCCACAUGACGAGUUUUAGCCCCAAAAAUGAGACCACAUCGCACUUAAUUGCGAUGUUAUCAUCGGUUGGGAACAUUGAGAUUGAAGUAAACGACUUGUUGCCGUCGUAUUUGUGCAAAAAAUGCGAGGAGAAAUUAAGGUUAUCGUACGAUUUUCAACUGAUGAUACAAAGGUCGAACGAAAUCGUUCGGGAGUGCAUAAGCGGGGCUGAUAUGGCACAAGAAGUUUCGGAAAAAAUCGAGAUCAAAAUUGAGGAUAAUAGACGGAAGCUGCCCGAAUUUUCGGCGUUUGAGGUCCAGGAGGCUAUAAAUGAGUGUCAGGGGAAGUUUUCCGUGAAGGCUGAGUGCAUAAAAUGCGGGUUUGUGACGAGUAAUUCCCGCGCUCUGUCGGUACAUAUGAGUUACCUCCAUAAGGAAAUGAAGGAACGUUGGUGCUCCACUUGCAACAGUGAGGUGGAAAACUUGGAAACGCACACUUUGAGUCACGUUAAUAGCGAUUUCAAGUGCAAAUUUUGCGGUCGCACGUUCAAAACGCGGGGGAAUUACACCGAACACUUGCGCUGCCACUCGAGUAAUACCAACCUGAUUUUAGCAAAGUCACUAGACAUUAUUCCAGGCGUUAAACCGCACAAUUGCCACAUUUGCCGCAAGGAAUUCACCGCAAAGCGCCACUUAGACAAGCAUUUAAGGACACACUCGCUUCCAACCCAAGAGGUUGACCCCUUGGGGGAAGCCCAGAAUUACUGCAUAAUUUGCAAAAGGCGCGUGCGCAGCUUGAAGGCCCACUUGCUAAAGUGCCACUCUUCCGACCCGAAAAAACCGGACGGUUGUUUGUGCACUCUUUGCGGCAAAAAAUUCAGUUCGUUGUCAAGGUUCCGCGUGCAUAUGCGCACCCACACCGGGGAAGCCCCGUACAAGUGUCGCUACUGCGACAAACGCAGUGCCUCUCGCAACCAUAUUGUGGUGCACGAACGCACCCAUACGGGCGAAAAACCCCAUAUUUGUACCGUCUGUGGCAAGGCGUUCGCCCAAUCUAGUGUGCUCAACACGCAUAUGAAAAUCCAUACGGGGCGACCAAUCGCGUGCGAGAUUUGUGACAAACGGUUUUGUAGACCUGCACAAUUGCGGUUGCAUGUGCGCAAACAUACGGGGGAAAAACCGUACCAGUGUACGGAGUGUGAACAGGCCUUUAGGCAGCGGAGUCAUUUGACCGAGCAUUUGAAAACACAUAGUGACGAUAGGCCGUAUAAAUGCUCGCAUUGUGAGAAGGGUUUUAAGCAAAUUUCCACGCUUAAGUCACACAUCCAGAUACAUUUAGGUACGAAGCCAUUCAAGUGUAGUCAAUGCCCCUAUGCCUGUAGACAGAGUUAUAGUCUCACCAAACAUAUGAAACAGCAUAGUUUGGAUGCCCCCCGGGCUGAAAAGCCCCACUUCUGCCACCUAUGUCAAAGGGGGUUCACAACAAUGGCGAUGCUGACGUCACACAACAGUGGCGUCCAUGGGUUUUAGAUAAAUGUAAAGUGACUAAUGUGUAACAAUUUAUUACUUAUCUACUUUUGUAUCGUACAAAUAAAUAAUCAACUAAUUGCUUUAAAAAUUA